AUGAAGUUGAUAUGGUUAAUAUUAAUAUUUUUAAAAGAAGUUUGCUUGGUGAAAAUUGAUGAAGAGGCGAAGGAUGCUCUAUUAAUGAAGGUAGAUCUAUAUUUUGAUGAUCCUGUUCCGGUUCAACUUGUUAAUGCUUAUCACCCUGGUUGUUACGACUCUUACAUUUACUCCGGAUUAAGAAUUGGUAAUACUGAUGUCGUGAUUAACAAUAUUAUCAGAGGAAAUAAUUUGGUUUAUUUAGGAGCAGAAACUCUUGCAAAUAGGCGUGCUGUACACACGAUUCCAAAGCCUGAUUUAGAAAUAAUCGAAAUCGUAUCGUACCACUUUGGACUUGAAGAAAAAUAUGAAUAUGUGGAGUUAAUUAAAAACAUUGAUGUGCCCUAUUUUGUAGAAAAUGUUAAACAGCUUGUCACAGUAGACUUGGCGGAUGUUAAUGCACUACCUCUAUAUGUAGAUACCAGAAGCCAUGACGGAGGGAUUUUUGAGAUAUUUAUAUCGGACAUUUUCAAGUAUUGGGUAAUGCUUGGGGAAAUAAAAUACGGACCUAAUCUAAUUGAAUCUAUAUUUCACAACUCCAUUCAGAGAUCAGUAGUUUUUAAACCUUUAGGGGAGUCGAAAUUAAGCGUAAGAGUAACUAGUUUCCUUAAAAACGGAAAAAGAAACAAAAACUACUAUGAAGUUGAUACUGAGGCUAAUAUACAAGGUAGCGUAGUUAAAUAUGAUAAAACUACAACUACAUACGUCGGAAACUUACCAGAAGAUCUGGAAUAG